AUGGGGCUUGAGUGUUACUUGGAAGAUGGAGCCUCUAAAGGUGCCUGGCUGAACCGGUCGAGCAUUAUCUUUGCUGGCAGCGACAAGUGGUCGGUGGAUCCCCGGGUUUCCAUCGCCACAGCCAACAGGAGGGAGUACAGCCUGCAGAUCCAGGACGUGGAUGUGACCGACGAUGGGCCCUACACUUGCUCCGUGCAGACCCAGCACACCCCCAGGACCAUGCAGGUGCACCUAACUGUGCAAGUGUCUCCCAAGAUAUUCCGCAUCUCCAGUGACAUCACUGUGAAUGAAGGCAGCAACGUGACCCUGGUGUGUCUGGCCACAGGGAAGCCGGAGCCUUCCAUCUCCUGGAGGCACAUCUCCCCGUCUGCUAAGCCCUUCGAGAGCGGGCAGUACUUGGACAUCUAUGGAAUUACAAGAGACCAGGCGGGGGAAUAUGAAUGCAGUGCAGAAAAUGAUGUCUCAGUCCCAGAUGUGAAAAAAGUAAAAGUCACAGUAAACUUUGCCCCCACAAUUCAGGAACUUAAAUCCAGCGGUGUGGUGCUUGGAGGGAACGGCCUGAUACGGUGCGAAGGUGCAGGAGUUCCUGCCCCGAACUUUGAGUGGUACAAAGGAGAGAGGAAACUGAUCAAUGGUCAACAAGGAAUCACUAUUAAAAAUUAUAGUACAAGAUCACUUCUUACUGUUACCAAUGUGACAGAAGAACACUUUGGCAACUAUACAUGUGUCGCUGCCAACAAGCUAGGGACGACCAAUGCCAGCCUGCCUCUCAACCAAAUUAUUGAGCCUACUACCUCUAGUGCUGUCUCAAGCCCAGCUCCCAGUACAGCCCAGUAUGGGAUCACCGGUGACGCCGAAGUCCUCUUCUCCUGCUGGUACCUUGUGUUGACACUGUCCUCCCUCAGUAGCAUAUUCUACCUGAAGAACAUCAUUCUGCACUAAAUGUAAAGACCAUAAAAGGCUUUUAAGGAUUCCCUGAGAGUGCUGAUGACUGGCUCCAAUCUGGUAGAGUUUGUUAAAAGCAGCGUGGGAUAUAAUCAGCCGUGCUUACAUGGGGAUGAUCGCCUUCUGUAGAAUUGCUCAUUAUGUAAAUACUUUAAUUCCCCUCCUUUUUUUUUGAUUAGCUGCAUUACCUUGUGAAGCAGUACACAUUGUCCUUUUUUAAGACGUGAGAACUCUGAAAUUACUUUUAGAGGAUAUUAAUUGUGAUUUCAUGUUUGUAAUCGACAAGUUUUCAAAAGCAUUCAGUCAUGGUCUGCUGAGUUGCAGACUGUAGUUUACAAAAGAAAAAAGGAUAUUGCAGUAAAAAUGUGCUUCUUUAAGGCUGCAAUACAAACAUUCAGUUCCCUUCUCAACCACCAUUCUCUCCACAUUUACACAGAAGCAUUUGUUCUUUUUUGAGUAAAAAAAAAAUCAAAUAAUAUUGCCUUCAAAGUACUUCUUCAGAAUAUUACACAUAUCUAGAUUUUCUUCUAGCAUGAUAUUCAGGUUUCAAGAAUGAGCCUUGUAUUAUAACUGCAUUGUGCAGUACUGCUUUUGUUCUCUACCCUUUUUCCUGCAAAUUCAGCAUGGUUGUGCCUUCAUAAAACACGACUUUCCUCUUCCUCUCCAACAAAUCUGGAAUGUGUUUUGGGAAAUGCUAAAGCAUCCUUUUGAGCAUAAGAAAUCUCUAGCUGAGGAUGAAGGUGCUACAGGCUACAAGGAAAACCUCCUCUGCCAUCUCCAGGGGGUCCAGAAGCUGCUCCAGACACAGGGUUUAGGUCAAGGGUAGCACCAAGUCCUUUUUGUUUUUACCUCCACCACAACUAACCAGUAGGUGAUCUCUGUAAAAAUUAGUUUUCCCAUUACAAAACAGAACACAAAUUAUUUUGAGGCAUCUUUUGAAUGUAGGAAGGUUUCCUAUACUCAUCCUAAAUCCAAAUUCCUACGUGACUGUAAAUGGCAGAAGCUGAAUCGUCCCCUUUUGUAUUACUGGCAAAACUGAUGGGAAUUGGUAUUUUUCUUGCACUUAAUUUUGUACUGGUUUGGCUAAUUUAGCAAUGAUAAAGGAUGCUUUUAAAUAUUAGAUAUCUGAAAAUACAUGAAGUAUCAGCAGAAUUUUAUAUAUAUACAUAUAUCUAUUAAAAGGAAGUUGCUCCAGUAAUGGUACUGAAGUGCAUGUUGCCGUCCACGGUAGGAUCAUCCUUCCAGGCAGGACUUGUACUCACACUGUGCAGGUCCCUCCCCCAGCAGGGCAGUCCCCACACACCAUUUCCUAAUCCUGCAGCCCAUGAGGAUCAAGUUUCAAAACAGUGUAUAAUGUUGCUUUUAUUUUUUAACCCCCCUGGACAGUGUUAAUGUGAAAUGUGCUCACAGUUUACACCUGAUUUCAAACUGCCAUCUGUGGGACUUGCUGGGGCAUGACUGUGGCCAACAGUCCUUGAAUCUCAGAUCCCCUGGCGACCCCAAGAGAUUUUGACUUGCUCUCAAACAACUGUUGAUGACACAAAUAACAAAACCAUUAUCCCAGAAUCCCAGGCUGGUUUGGGUUGGGAGGGACCUUAAAGCUCAUUCAGUCCCAACCCCCUACCAUGGGCAGGGACACCUUCCACUAGACCAGGUUGCUCUAAGCCCUGUCCAGCCUGGCCUUGGACACUUCCAGGGGUGGGGCAGCCCCCACUUUUCACCAUGAUCAUUCCCAUGUUCUGUGUAUGAGCUCCAGUAGCUGACACAAACAUUACAGUACAACAUUAAUUCUCCUCACAGCAGGUUUUGGCAGAGAGCAGCACCAGCUGAGUCCUGGGUGUACUCAGCAGUCCCAAACUCAGCACAGAUACCCCAUUUUUCUGACAAGGAGGACUCUGAGUUUUGCUACACUCAAUAUCUACUGUCCCAAUGUGCAGCCAGAAUAUGCAGUGAGUCUGUUGUAGUUGCUGAUAAAGGGCAUAAACAGAGGUAUGUUGACUCCAAAGAGAUGUCCCAGGUCACUUUGCAUGUUCAGUGACAGACCGAACUGUGUCUCAUUAUUUGCAGCCAUGUGCUAAGCAGUUACUAUUUUCAGAAAUGUGGCAUUUUUUAAAACCUGGAAUAACAUGACAAAAUCCAUUCUGUAAGGAAAGGGUAAAAAUUCAGCUCAAAUUAUAUUGUACACAACCCUGAUAUUCUGAUCUAUCUUGUAUUGCAGCUUUAAAGUGCUCUAUUUUAGAAUCCAUUCACUAGAAACAGUGGUGCUGCAGGAAGAAUUGUGGCAGUACAGUUUGAUGAAGGAAAAACCAAGGAUAGGGAUAACCCAACCCAUAUGCCUCAUCUCGUGUGGAAUUGAGAGGUGGUUCUAUGCUGUGGCUGGAUCAGAUCCUGCAUUUUGGUGAUAUAUUGCAUUCCAGGGAUCCCUGAUAUCUGGAACCUGAUCUUUCCAGUAACAGAACAGAAUGAACAGCAGAUUUAUUAAAUAUGGAAAGAUAAUAUGUAGUUAAGUGUUGACUGUUUGCAUUCAGACCAGGUAGAGCCACUGGAUGACAGGUACAAGAUUUUUAGUCCUAUGUUUGAAUUUUCAUUUUGGGGGGACAUAAUUAUUGUCAAGUCCAAAAAGAAGAAAAAAGAAAUCCAGCCAAAUUCCCAAAUAUCUCUAAGUGCCAAUGGCAUUCCUUAGGUGACACAGGGAUUGCUGUCUGUGGCAGCUGUGUGCUCAGCAGUGACCUGGGGGUGGGUGAGGCCACGAGGAUGGUUGUCCUCGGGGUCUGUAGAGUUUGGUCUCCUGAAGGUGCUCUGAGACUCUGCAACCCCAAUUUUGGCAGGAUUGGAGCUGGAGGCAGAGUGGAUCAAAUAAAGACACUUGGUUCUUGGUGAA